AUGUUCACCAUAAUUCUAUCUUUAGAGGAUGACAAUAUUUGGAAUAGUUACUUCAAAAGUCAAUUUACAGAAGUAGAAACUAAAUAUUGUCAAAAUUGUAAUCUUUCAGCAGGUCAAGGUCAAUAUUACUUAGAUGAGUGCAAUUUUUAUGAUGAUCAUGACCAAGUUGUCAACUUUAACCCAAUUUCCAACACUUUAUUACUGCAUAACCGUUGUUCUUUUAGCAACUGCACUUCAGAAGAAAGUGGAAGUUGCAUUUACUACCAAAUUGGUAGUAAUAGUUCGAUUGUUCAACGAAAAUUCUGUUGUACAAAAUGCCAAUGCCAAAGUGAACAAGGAGCACAUUUUUCAUAUACAUACGUUGACACAGAUAACUUAAACUUUUUUAUUGAAAGUUCCCUUUUCCUUGUAGGAAAAGAAAGUUUUGGUUUAUCUAUUGAAGCAAAACGUGAUAACAUCAUAGUUUCAUCAACAAAUUUCUCAUCAUGCAAAGCAUCUUUGGGACCUGCUGGUUUUUUAAAAAGUCCUAAUGUUAAUUACACAACAAAAUAUAACUAUACAACUGUUGUUAAUAAUUUAGCAACAAGUGAAAUGAUUCUAGAUAUUUGGUAUAACUCGUUGAUUGAUUCAUGUAAUAUUAUAAAUAAUACCAUAGCAACAUCAAGAAAUGGAAUUAUUUACCAUCAAAUUAAUUAUCUUACUGUAAAAAGUUGUUCUUUUAUUAACAACACUGUUCCUCAAGGUUCAUAUUUGAUAGAGGACAAUGGUCAAUUAACAGUUGAUAGUUGUUACAUUGACAAUUCGAUUUCAACAACAUUUCUUAGUAAUGUAGUACCUAAAAAUACAAGAGAACUAUUUACUAACAAAUUGAUUCAUCUUUCAACUGGUAAUUGCCAAGCAGAAUUUGCAAUUAUCAAUAAAAGUAUUUCAGAAGUUAAUAGGCUUCCCAUUAUCAUUAUUUCUUUAGUAAACAUUAAAAGGUCUACAUAA